CCAAGAACCAUCCCAAGCACGAUUAGAAAAAUAACCAUUUGGUUACCAAUCUUUAACUGAAUCUCAUUUUCAUCCAGUUCUAAGAAGAUUAUGCUAAAAUAAAAAGUACUUUAAAUUUCAGAAAAGCUAGUAUUCGGUAAAAAUAGAGGGUACAGAUUUUUUCUCUUUUUUUUUUUUGAGACUUAUAGCAGAAGGAAGCCGUUUAAUUAUAUUAAAAUAUUAAGUUUUUAUCGAAAUAUUCGGAAAAAACUAUACAAAUGUCGCAAGAUUUUUCACAGUUUAAUUUGGAUCCUAGAAUCCAACGUGCGAUUCAAAAAUGUGGUUUCAAGGAACCCACGCAAGUACAAAAGAAGGGAAUUCCAUUGGCCUUGGAUGGAAAAGAUUUGCUUGUUCAAGCUAAGACUGGUUCUGGUAAGACUGCUGCAUAUUUAAUUCCAAUACUAGAACUUUUGUUGAAGCAGAAGCUGUUGGAUGAGAAAGAUCGUGGGAUUUUUACGUUAAUUCUUGUUCCUACGAGAGAACUCGCUCAACAGGUUUUUAAAGUUUUGGAGAAGCUGACUCUUUAUUGUGGUAAACACAUAAAAUUUGUGAAUAUUGCUACAAAUGCUGCUGACUCGGUACAACGUCCUCUACUCCUUGAUUUUCCUGAUAUUGUAAUCUCCACGCCAAGCCGUUCUGUUGUUCAUUUUUCCUCAGGAGCUCUUUCGCUCGACAAGAUAAAGUUUCUUGUUAUCGAUGAGGCAGAUUUGAUUCUCUCUUUUGGAUAUCAGGAUGAUAUGUCCACUUUAAGCAAAGCACUUCCACGCGGGGUACAGACACUAUUAAUGUCUGCCACUCUUUCUGAAAGCGUUAGUUCGUUACGGCAGUUAGUUUGUCGUGAUCCAGUUGUUUUAAGACUUGAAGAUAAAGAAGCAGGGGGACAGCUAACACAAUAUGCUGUAAAAACAUCCGAACAAGACAAAUUUUUGCUUGCAUAUAUUUUGAUGAAAUUAAGACUUAUCAAAGGAAAAAUCUUGGUUUUCGUAAACGAAAUUAAUCGUUGUUAUCGUCUUAAGCUUUACCUUGAGCAGUUCGGUAUGAAAAGUUUGGUUUUGAACUCUGAAUUGCCAAUAAAUUCAAGAAUGCAUAUCGUUGAUCAAUACAAUAAGGGUCUAUACCAAAUCAUUAUCGCAACCGACGAAAGCGAUAAAGUAGCUGAAAUCGACGAAGAAAAAGAAGAACAGCAGGAAACAACUGACGGAGCUAAUGAGAAAGAGGACUCAAAAAUGGAGGAAGACUCACAGAAUAAUCAAGAUUCUGGACAAGACGCCAAAAAAACCAAAACAAAGAAAAAGAAAGCUGUAAAAAAGGAUCGUGAGUAUGGUGUUGUUCGUGGUCUGGACUUUGAAAAUGUCUCUUGUGUUCUCAAUUUUGAUAUGCCCACAAGCACCAAAGCUUACAUUCAUCGUGUAGGAAGAACUGCAAGAGCAGGAAAACCAGGAACGGCUAUGUCUUUCUUUGUUCCUAAGUCAGAGGUUGGAAAGCAUAAGCCUACAACUCUGGUUACUUGCAAGAAAGACGAAUCCGUAUUGAGGCGAUUGAACAAAAAAGGCAUUGAGCUCAAGCCUUAUACUUUUGAUAAAAAACAAACUGAUGCAUUUCGAUACCGUAUGGAAGAUGCUCUUCGAUCAGUGACUUCCGUAGCUGUGCAAACAGCCCGUACUGCUGAAUUGCGUCAGGAAAUGCUAGCUUCUGAAAAAUUGAAAUCAUACUUCGCGGAAAAUCCUGAUGAAUUAUUGACCUUGACUCACGAUACGGCAGCAAGCGUUCGUUUAGCCCGCACUCAAAGGCAUUUACGACACGUUCCAGAAUAUCUUUUGCCAAAGGGGCUUCAAGCUGUUAACAAAGACGUUGGGUUCGUCCCAUAUAAAAAGCAAAAUAACCGUCGGGCUGCUAAGAAAAAGAAGAACGCAAAACAUCGUCAUGAUCCUUUGCGCUCGAUGAGAAGGGUUAAAUAAAAUAUUUAUGUAAAGGACGAAAGGCUCGUCAUUUUUUUGUUAUUUCCUUUCUUCAUUUUAUUUUGAUCAAUUAAUAGGGUCAUGCGGAUAUGGGUCUUAGGAAUUGAUCCUUUAGGAUUGUUUAAUAUUUAAAAUUGUUUUGGAAGCA